ACCACCCGAAUUCUUCGAUUCUAUCUCGCUGUUCAUUUUCCCUUUUUUCUUCGUCUCUUUUAGCAUUUAUAUAGGAAACCACAAAGAGCCAAGAGACAGUACGAGAGUCGGAGAGAGAGAGAGAGAGAGAGAGAGAGAGGAGAGAGUAAGAUAAUUCAUCAGGUUAACGGCUUUGUGGGUGGCGUCGGUGUGGAGUUCGGGGAUCUAAGUUCGACGCAAAUCAGCUUAGAUUCAACCCCAUUUCAUUCAGUUUGAGAAAAAGUAAUAAAGGGUUGUUCUGGGUUGGAUGUUUUCUGGUUGAAUUAUCUAGGGUCGUUGCUGAUCGUCAGUUUUCUUCUUCUUCUGUUGAUUAAGAGUGAUAUAGGGCAAUCAAAAUGGACUCUGGAUCACACCAGGCAAAAUCCGAUCUCAAUGGAGCUUCAAACCAGCAAGGUGCUUUGAGGAUAGGUGGUUCCAAGUUUGUUCCACAGAUGAAACGCAGCAACCGAAGAGCUCUAGGCAACAUCGAUCAGAACAUCUUGGGAGCUACCCUUCAGCCUUGCGUGAUCACAAAAAGAGAAUCCUCAGGGAAAGAUGCCAUCUGCAUGAAGAACCCAGAAAAUUUAGCAUAUAUACCAACAACAAGGAACUUUGCAGGAGAAAUGGAAAUUGAGAAACCAACAACUUUGGCCUCAAAUUUUCGUGGCCAUGAGGAUUGCAAGAUUGAAGAUGUUGGAGAGUUUAGGGAUGUUAUUGAUGCUUCCACCCCAAUGUUUGUGAAGCAUACAGAAGCAAUACUAGAUGAAAUCGAUGAAAUUGUUUGCGAGGAGAUUGAAAUGGAAGAUGCAAUGGAAGAUGACCUUGUCUUGGAUAUCGACGGUUCUGAUAUAGAAAACCCGCUUGCUGUUGUUGAGUACAUAGAUGAUAUAUAUCAUUUCUACAGGAAAACUGAGAGUCUCAGCUGUGUAUCACCGGCCUACAUGUCCUUUCAAUUCGACAUCAACCAGAAAAUGAGGGCUAUCCUUAUUGAUUGGCUUAUUGAGGUCCACUACAAAUUUGAGCUCAUGGACGAGACGUUAUUCCUCACAGUCAACCUUAUAGACAGGUUCCUAGAGCGCCAAACAGUGAGCAGAAAGAAGCUUCAACUGGUAGGCAUGACAGCCAUGCUUUUGGCAUGUAAAUAUGAGGAGGUUUGUGUUCCCAUUGUGGAGGAUCUAAUUGUGAUAUGCGAUAAGGCUUAUACAAGGACGGAAGUUUUGGAUAUGGAGAAAGUCAUGGUGAAUACUUUACAAUUCAAUAUGUCUGUUCCAACACCAUACGUAUUCAUGAGGAGAUUCCUCAAGGCAGCUCAGUCGGACAGAAAGCUCGAGCUUCUGUCCUUCUACAUCAUUGAGCUAUGCCUGGUUGAGUAUGAAAUGCUCAAAUUCCCACCAUCUCUGCUAGCAGCUGCAGCAGUUUACACUGCCCAGUGUAGUGUUCUCAAGUCUAGUCAAUGGAGUAAAACAUCUGAGUGGCAUACUGCGUACUCUGAAGAUCAGCUCAUGGAAUGCUCUAGGAUGAUGGUUACUUUCCAUCAGAAGGCUGGUACAGGAAAGCUCACUGGAGUGCAUAGGAAAUACAGUACUCAUAAAUUUGGCUAUGCAGCAAGGUCUGAACCAGCUCAAUUCCUCCUUUAGUGCUGCAUGGUCAGAAAGUGAUUAUAGCUUACUGAGUUGUGAUAUUUGUGUGUAGUAGUGACUAACGCAAUAUGUUGCCCCCCUAGUCAGGUCAAAACCCUACUUUCUUUGGUGGGAUUCUUUCGUUGCUGAAGUCUUUAUGCAGGCCUAGUUUUCUUAAUUAGUCUGCCAGUUAUAUGGAUUUUAAUGCUUUCCACCUGGAAUAUAUGGACAUUUUGUUCUGGUGCAAAUGAUAACUAAUAUUCAGGUCUGUGUUGGUAUGAA